AUGUCAACUUCUGUCAAACAACCUCGGCCUAAGCCGUGGGAAGCGCAGGGCGGACAGAACACACCUAUGGACGAUGGUGCCAUGAUAACAGCCGGUGAGGCUCAAGGCACGCGUGGGGAGGGUGCGAAGGCAGAUGGAAACGCAGCGCCCGAGCCGCCCCAGAAGCCUGCCGCGCUGGGACCCGAAAACGGCGUCGGCGCGCGCAGCGGCCUCGGGAACGCUGGAACGUUUCUGGGAAGUGGAGGGCCUUAUAGUAGUGGGUAUGGUGGAUCCCUUUAUGGAGGAGGAAUGGGCUCGAUGUACAGUGGCGGAUACAAUUCGAUGUACGGCGGAGGCUAUGGUUCGAUGUACGGCGGUGGGUACGGGUCCAUGAUGGGCGGCGGGUACGGCGCAGGCGGUAUGUACGGGAUGAACAACAACGGUGCACAGACGCUGGCCGAGUCUACGCAAGCGACCUUCCAGCUGAUCGAGGGCCUGAUAGGCGCCGUCGCCGGAUUCGCACAGAUGCUCGAGGCGACGUACAUGGCCACACACAACUCGUUCUUCACCAUGGUGUCAAUGGCGGAGCAGAUCUCGUCACUGAAGGAGAUGGUGGGAUCGUUUUUCGGAAUUUUCGCCGCGAUGAAGAUGCUCAAGAGGCUACUCUACAAAGUUACAAACGGGCGCGCGGGCUUGGCGCCCGCGCGGGCCGCGGCAGGUUCGAAGAGCCCGCUGGUCCAGGAGUUUGCGAAAUUCGGGGACGCGAGCGCUCAGGCGAAACGGCGCCGGCGGAUGUCGUGGAAGCCGCUGCUGGUGUUCGUGGCUGCGGUGGUCGGGUUCCCGCUGUUGCUGCGCAAGUUCAUCGCGAAGCUGUCGGAGAUCCAGCAGCGGCGUCUGGGCGCAGGCGCGGUGGGCGCGGGCGCUGGCGGUACGCUGGACCCUCGCAACCUGGAGUUUGCGCGGGCCGUGUACGACUUCACGCCGGAGAACCCGCAGGUGGAGGCCGCUCUGCGGAAGGGCGACCUGAUGGCCGUGAUCAGCAAGCAGGACCCGCUGGGCAACGCGAGCGAGUGGUGGCAGGUUCGUACGAAGAAGGGCGACGUGGGUUACGUGCCGAGCAAUUACGUAGAGCUGAUCCGGCGCACGCGCAGCGAGUCCAGCUGA